UUGGCCCCGCUUUCUCGUUUGCAAAACGAAACGAUCAUCAAGAGGCUUGGCUUCGACCGACUGUUUAAAGCAGCUUACUCCCUCUGAGUUUGCUUUGAACUUGAUUCUGACACUUUUCGGUUCUUGAUCGCGUACUUUCCAAGAUAUAUCGGAUACUACAUACAAAAUGUCCAACGAAUGGAACAACUCGCUCUGGGACUGCUUCAGCCCUGUCAAACAAUGCCUUCUCGGCUGGUGCUGUCCAUGCGCCCUGUACGGCCGAGCCGCAGAGCGACUUGAAGACCCCGCCCUCAAGGAAGGAAGCUAUGUCAACGGCGACUGUUGCCUCUUCGUCCUCGCCAACUGCUGCGGCCUCUGGUGGGUGCUCAUGAUGAUGAAGCGCCGCGACCUGCGCGAGAAAUUCGGCAUCAAGGGUUCCGUCGGCGAAGACUGCAUCCUCUCCUGCUGCUGCUCGUGCUGCGUCCUUGUUCAGCAAGAAAAGGAGCUUGACGCCCAGGCCAACCGGCUCCAGACCGGAGGCUACCAGGCUCCUCCGAAUAUGUCGUACCCAGCUAAUGGGGGCCAGCCUGAUGGGGCUUACCCGAAUGGCGCGUACCCUCCUAGCCAGGGGUACCCUCCGAAAUGA